AUGGUUUUGAAAGUCAUUGGAUUCAAGCUCAAAACACCGUUAUUGGUGCUGAUUUUAUUCAUACUGGUGUGUUACAAUGCACUUCAUUUUAAGAACAUAAAUGUGGAAACAUCAAGCAUCAACAAUGUCAAAGAAUUGAAUAUUGUAAAGAUCCUCGAGAAAUUAGAUUCAUCAAAACCAUCAAAGAAUAAUUGUAACCAGUUCUGGAAAGAAAUUAGGAAUCAUUAUAAUAUCACAAAUGAUUAUAAUGAUACCGGAUUUGACCCUAAGAAAGAUACAAUAUGGAAUCAAGAACCUUUAUUCCAUAAGUUUCAGAAUCAUACUGCUUUGAUAAGAGCUUAUAAUCAUUGUUAUCUUGAUCAAAAUAAGUGUGAUAUUGAACUGGAAAGGAGAAUUUUCCCAUGGUAUUCAUUUAAAUCACCAAUCAUUAAUCAUAGAGUUAAAGGAGAUCGUAAAAUUUUCAAAGAUGAUUUAUGUUUCAACAAGAUUAAAAGUAACUUGAGGAAAAAAGGUAUUGCAUUAACAGCUAAAGAGUUUCAUCUUAGAGACUUAAUCAAUUUAAUAACUUUAUUAAGAGCUUUGGGAACUUCAAUCCCAUUACAAAUUAUUCACAGGGGUGAUUUUUCAAAAUUUGCACAAAUUAAAUUACAUGAAAUUGCUAAAGCUGAAUUAACUCAAGAGAUCAAAGAUCUUAUUGGAUUUAAAGUUGAAGUUUUCCCUCAAAUGAAUAUAGAAUUCAUUGAUAUUUCUAGAGUUAUUAAUCAAAGUUUCAAUUCCAAAAUUCAAAAGUUUACAAAUAAGUUAUUAGCAUAUUUAUUCAACACUUUUGAAGAAGUUAUAUUGAUUGAUGCAGAUACAAUACCUUUUGUACCAUUACAAGACUUUUUCAAAUUGGAAGAAUAUAAAACCAAAGGUGCUUUUUUCUUUAAAGAUAGAGCUUUAAAUAAUGCACAUGAUCAAAUUGAUACAAUUGAUCUUUUUACAAAAUUAACACCUUCAUUACCAGAAAUCAACAAAUUGGGUAUACCAAAACUAACAUCAUAUACAUGGGAUAAUCAUUUCUUUAAACAUGGAUUCAAACAUUUGAUGGAAAGUGGACUUGUUAUUGUUAAUAGGAAACAACAUUUUGUUAAUCCUCUUAUGGCAAUUCAUUUAGCUUUAUAUCCAAAUAUUAUAGGAGAUCGAGUAUGGGGUGAUAAAGAAUUAUAUUGGCUAGCUAUGGCAAUAUCUGGUGAUGAAUCAUAUGAAUUUAAUUCCAAUUUUGCAGCUUCAAUUGGUGAAAUUUCCACUGGCUCACAAUCACAUUAUCCCAAAUUAACAAAUACUAAAGAACUUUGUUCAAAUCACCCUUCACAUAUCUAUAAAAAUGGGAAAUUAUUAUGGAUGAAUACUGGAUUUAAAUAUUGUAAAAAAUUAAUGCAUAUUGAUAUGACAAAUCCAUUUUUCAAAGGUAUGACAUCUCAAGAAAUGGAUAAAUAUAAUUCAUCACCUUUGAAAAUUAGACAAGCAAUAAUACCGCCAGUCCCAUUAAAAGCAAAUAAUUGGAAAAUGAAAAAUAGAGAUAAACCAACUUUUUCAUGGGAAAAUAAACCUUAUUGUGAAGCUUAUACUUUGUGUGCAUAUGAUAAAUUAGAUGAUCAAAUAGGGGAAGUUAUUGAGUUUAGUGAAGAAGAUCAAAAAUAUUUUGAUUAUUUGGGAAAUAUUUGGUUUAAAGGGAUUGAUAUUUUAAAAAUUGUGACUACUAAAGCAAGAGAGAAAAAACAUUGA